UUUUGCAGUUUCCUUCUCGACGCAAGGUGAAACUCUUGAGCCUGAGAUCAGAAGUGCCUGUCAAGAUGGAAGUGAACCCCCCGAAACAGGAGCACCUGCUGGCGCUAAAAGUGAUGCGAUUGACUAAGCCGACUUUGUUCACCAAUAUUCCUGUAACAUGUGAAGAGAAAGACUUGCCUGGUGAUCUCUUUAACCAGUUAAUGAGAGAUGAUCCUUCAACUGUAAAUGGUGCAGAGAUUUUAAUGUUGGGAGAAAUGUUGACUUUGCCCCAAAAUUUCGGGAAUAUAUUUUUGGGAGAGACUUUUUCCAGUUAUAUCAGUGUUCACAAUGACAGCAAUCAAGUUGUAAAAGACAUAUUGGUGAAGGCGGAUCUUCAGACAAGUUCUCAGCGUUUAAACCUUUCAGCCUCCAAUGCUGCUGUGGCUGAACUUAAACCUGAUUGUUGUAUUGAUGAUGUCAUACACCAUGAAGUAAAGGAAAUUGGGACACACAUCUUGGUGUGCGCUGUGAGUUACACAACUCAGGGUGGAGAAAAAAUGUACUUUAGGAAAUUCUUCAAAUUUCAGGUUCUCAAACCAUUGGAUGUGAAAACCAAAUUUUACAAUGCAGAGAGUGACCUCAGUUCUGUGACUGAUGAAGUCUUUCUUGAAGCCCAAAUUCAGAACAUUACAACCUCACCCAUGUUUAUGGAGAAAGUGUCACUGGAGCCGUCGAUCAUGUACAACGUAACAGAAUUGAAUUCCGUGACCCAAGCCGGGGAAUGUGUAUCUACAUUUGGAUCCAGAGGAUAUUUGCAGCCAAUGGAUACACGCCAGUACUUAUACUGCCUAAAGCCCAAGAAGGAGUUUGCAGAAAAAGCUGGCAUCAUUAAGGGAGUGACGGUCAUUGGGAAGUUGGACAUAGUGUGGAAAACAAACCUAGGUGAAAGGGGAAGAUUGCAGACCAGCCAGCUUCAAAGAAUGGCUCCAGGUUACGGAGAUGUUAGGCUAUCUUUAGAGGCCAUCCCAGAUACCGUGAACCUAGAAGAGCCGUUCCACAUUACCUGUAAAAUCACAAACUGCAGCAGUGAAAGGACGAUGGAUCUCGUCCUGGAAAUGUGCAACACCAAUUCUAUCCACUGGUGUGGGAUUUCAGGAAGACAGCUGGGGAAGCUGCACCCGAGCUCCUCACUCUGCCUGGCCCUCACUCUCCUGUCAUCAGUACAGGGGCUCCAAAGUGUCUCUGGCUUAAGACUCACUGACACAUUCCUAAAGAGAACCUACGAAUAUGAUGACAUUGCGCAAGUCUGCGUGGUCUCGUCAGCCGUGCAAGUGGAGGCCUGAAGAAAAUUCCCAGUGUUAAACUUCUUGUUGAUCACAGAACUGCUCUCUGUAUUUUUGUCAGCUUUGUGAAAUGAUCGGUAGCAAAAAUAAGUAUAUGUUAUUUAAAUUUGUUUUCUGUAAAACAGUUAAAUAUUAAAUAUUUGUUGCAAAAAAACA